GACGUCAUUGGCUGCGAGGGGCCCAUUACUCCCCGGGCUCCUGUGUGACGGGGUAGGCGGGACGGCAGUCUGCUCCUCCUUGCUCUUGCACAUACAGCAAAAUGGCGGCUGCGUACACCGGCGGCCUUAUCUCCACGGAGCAGUGGGCACUCAAGACCGAGGCCUUAUUAGCGGCCUCCGGGGCCCCGGUACCGGGCAGUGAGAAGAGGCCCGGGGCUGAAGAGGCGGCUCGGAGGUUGGAGGCCACAAGACGGGAGCUGGGGAACCGCAGGAAAAUCCUAAUGAGAAACCUCCCGCAUGACUGCAGCAGCCAGGAUAUUCACGAUCUGUUAAAGGAUUAUGAAAUAAAAUACUGCUACGUGGACAAAAAUAAGAAAACAGCAUUUAUCAGUUUAUUAAAUGGCAAGCAAGCACAAGACGCUAUUCAGAAUUUCCACCAAUACACCUUCCGAGAUAAAGAAAUCUCAGUUCAGCUGCAACCAACUGAUGCUGUGCUGUGCAUUACCAACCUUCCUCCCUUGCUAUCGCUGCAGGAGUUUGAGGAACUUGUACGAGUAUAUGGAAAUAUUGAGAGAUGUUUUCUGGUGUACAGUGAAUUCACUGGGAAUUCAAAGGGUUAUGGCUUUGUAGAGUACAUGAAAAAAGACUCCGCAUCCAAAGCCAGGUUGGAAUUACUUGGGAAAACGCUAGAGGAAUACACUCUCUUUGCACAGUGGAUGGACAUAAACCAGUUAACAGAAGAUCUUAUUCACUCUAAGUGCCUUUCUGUUGAUAAGCUUCCCAAGGACUGCAACAGCUCUGAGAUAAUGCAACUCUUCUCAUCAUUACACCAACCUGCGUUCUUCCAGUUGCAGAACAAUAGAAAAGGAUUACUUCCAGAACCAAAUCCGGUACAAAUCAUGCAGUCUCUCAAUAACCCAGCAAUGCUACAAAUGUUACUGCAAUCACAGAAUCUUGGAAGAGCUGGGAAUCAUGGUUCACCUCCUGGUCAUCCUCGCUUUUUAAAUCCAACGGUCAGCCAAGCGAUAUUACAACUUAACAAGCUGCAUCAGAAGCCAGGACUUGGCGGUUUUGGUAAUGCUCAGUUACAAAACGUUUCACAUUUACAAAUGGCUCAUCAGCAGCUCCUGCAGCUAAAAAGCUCCCAGUCUAAUAAUUGUAAACCCGGCCUGCUUGGUGAAGCUCCAGCCUCAAUGCUACAGACUGCGAUUGGAAAGCCUACAGCAGUGGUACGAUCAGUAUUCAUCAUACAACAACACUCAAACGGAUACUGCGGUUUCCCAGACUGAAGAGAGCCAAAAAACCUCAACUUCUGACCAAUACCAAGCAGGGGCUGAGGGAGAAAGCUACUAUUACCAGGCUGCUGGAUACGGGGACUACAAUACAUAUGUUCAAGCACCCCCUACAUAUUAUGCCAAUGCGCAAGGUUCAUACCAAGUGGGCAGCUCGGAAUCCUCCGAUAAGACGAGUGAAAAGCGAGCGUACUUUGUGUCUCCAGUGGAACCGAGCCAUGCUGGAUAUACUGAGCAGUACUCACAAAGCUCGGCAGACAACUACAGUGACUCCUAUUUCAAAAGGAAGAAAGUUUAUUAGCACUUGAGAUGCUCCAACGCUGUUUGUUUCUAUCAUUGCACAUCCAAAGAUGCACAAUGUGGUUCAUCUCCUUGCGCACCUUUUUAGUAUGGCACUGAAAGGGUUAUUUUUUGCCUAUAAAGUCUCAGGCAGAAUUGUUAUAAAGUAUAAAUCUUCAUGAAGAUUUGUAGAUAUUUUCUACAUGCAAAUAUGUCUUAGUAAAAACGGAUUUAAUUUGUUAUAUUCUUGCUAUGGCUGCAAAUGUUCAAUUUUCUUUUGUAAAUAUUAAGCAAUAAAAAUUGAUAGUAAA